AUGGGAUGGAAAGGGUUUUGGAGCGAGGCUUUUAGAGUUGCUAUAUUCAUAAUAUAUCCGACUCUAGAGCUCUACAUAUAUUUUGUUUUUGUUGGGCUCUUGUGUUUGGAGGACACAGAAUUUAAUUCCUGGACGAUUUUUGCCUUAUUUGUUGCAUACCAUGUAAUAGUGACAUAUAAGGCAAUGUUCUACAUGAAAUUAUUCAUAAACGAGGGUGUAAGCACCUUGGAGAUAUUCCCGGAUGUCCCUCAGGAGGGAUAUGACCUUAAGAUGAAGGGGAUGAAUAAGUUUGUGGAGGAAGAAGUAAUGAAACAAACCGUUGCAAAGAUUAAGCUGUGUAGCAAGUGCAAAACAUACAAGCCACCAAGGGCUCAUCAUUGUGGAACAUGUAAAAGAUGUUAUCUCAAAUAUGACCAUCAUUGUGCAUUGUUAAAUACCUGCAUUGGGUUCCAUAACUACAAAUUCUUCUAUCAGUUCAUGGUUCUGAACUUGGUGUCGGUUAUUUUUUUUAUUGUGACCAUUUCUAUUUAUAUGAUGCUGCAUACUCCUAAGUCUACCACUCACUACGUGAAUUACAUAGUAUCAAUAUCACUACUAGGAGUCGAAUUUAUCUUUAAUUUGUCACUCCUGAUAUUUCACACAUGGCUCAUAGGGAUGAAUGAGACGACAAUAGAACACUAUGCCCUCAACGACUAUAUCAAUGGAGACCAUUCCUUCAGCCAUAUAUUUCAAGAGGGCCCAAUGACAACAUUAACAGACUCCACAGAUAGAAGAACCUUGAAUCCUUACAACCUUGGUUUAAAGCGAAAUUGGAAGCAGGUUUUUGGAAAUAGCUUUAUGGAUUGGGUUACUCCUAGCUAUUCCACACUAGGGAAUGGAAUAACAUUUGCAAAAAACUACGAUGAAUACGAGCUGCUUUAG